AAUGUUGUAGUGUAGCCUAUCUGUUAAUGUUUCUGGUGUUUUAAAACUGUAAUGUGUUGUAGUGUUCCCCAGUUAUAUUGUUUUACAACACGUCAUCGUUACAUUUACGUUAUUUCAAGGGUCUAGUAUCUCUACGUCUUGCCUCUAGGCUUUCCGUAACUCGCCGCACAUUGAUGACGCAUCCGGUAGCCUAGGCUAGUUGUUGUAGCUAAGGUAGCUCUACAUAUUGCAUCAACCUGUAGAAAGUUUGGAAAUCGACAUGUCUGCAAAUUAGUGUUAGUCGCGCGGUGUGUGGAUUAUUUAUACAUUUAUUGUCAUCAUCGUUGCUAUUUCUCCUCACUGCGUCACACAACUACGUUGCCGUCGUUAGCUCACGCUAGUUUGCUAGCCUAGCUAACUAGGCCACUCGUCUUUGUGUCAUCAUACAUACUAGCCCAGUAGUAAAAAGCAAGCGAGAAGGGAACACACGCCGAGAGAUAACAACACGUUAGCAAGCUGUUUUAACAUACGUAUAGACGAUUCUGUACGAUAAACAAAAGUAGCCAUGGCAGACAUUGGCAUCAAAGCAGGAGACGGUGUGCUGCUGGUGUGGGCCCAAACGUCGUCCCCAGAGACCCUGAAGGACCUGGCAGGGAACCUGAGGGCCAUGGUGGGAUCUGGGGGCAAGUUGGCACUAGAGAACACGGAGAGACUGAUGAUGUCCUCCCAUCCAGCGUCCAGUUAUGACUGGGUCCUGUCUGGUCUGCUGCCUGACGGCUCGUCCGUCCACAGUUCAGAGGCACUGGCAGAGAUGGCCAGAGUCAUUAAACCUGGGGGCAGACUGAUCCUGGAGGAACCAGUCACAGGAAGUGAAGGCCAGAGUGUGAGGACGGUCGAGAAGCUGAUGUCAGCACUGAAGCUGUCUGGCCUGAUGUCUGUGACUGAGGUGAGCUCGGGCCCUUUGAGUUUAGGGGCCGUGUCUGCCUUGAGAACAGCCACUGGGUUUGAGGGAAACACUCUCUCUAGAGUCCGCAUGUCCGCAUCCAAACCCAACUUCGAGGUGGGCUCCUCCAGCCAGCUCAAGCUGUCCUUUGGCAAAAAGACCCCAAAACCAGUAGAAAAACCUGCUCUGGACCCCAAUGCUGCAAAGAUGUGGACCCUGUCUGCCAACGACAUGAAUGAUGAUGAUGUGGAACUGGUGGAUUCUGAUGAUUUGUUAGACGCAGACGACCUAAAGAAGCCAGACCCCACCUCCCUCAAGGCCCCCUCAUGUGGUGACGGGACCACCAAGAAGAAGAAGGCCUGCAAGAACUGCACCUGUGGUCUUGCUGAGGAGUUGGAGGGGGAAAGCCAAGGAGGACAGAAAACCCCCCAGCCCAAGUCUGCUUGUGGAAGUUGUUACCUAGGCGAUGCUUUCCGCUGUGCCAGCUGCCCAUACCUGGGGAUGCCCGCUUUCAAACCUGGUGAGAAGAUUCUAUUGGACAACACCAAACUAGCGGACGCUUAAGAUCACCCCCUGCCUCAUUUUUUUAUGACUGCAUUCCAUCCCCCCCUAAGAAACACCGUAGUCAGGGGAACCCCGUUUCAUGCACCGGGGGCAAAAAGAGGAUAGCACUGUCCCUUGGCUGAUUGUAAGAUACCAAUAAAGUUGUAAUAAUUGUAAUAAAUUAGAGGAAGAGCCUCCUUGAAGAGUCAGAACAUGUUCUUAAUACCAUGUUGUAUAUAUUCAAUAAGGAUUUUGAUUUAUUUUUCCAAGUUGCCAUCUGAUUUAAUGGACAGGUGCAAGUAAUUUAUGCCUGUCAGUUCACAAAUUGUAUGUUAUUUACUUCUGUAUAGAAUUUAAAAAUAAAGUUAAUCAAUGUCA